AUGUCUUCCUUCCCAUCGAGUUCCAUAACCCCCGCUUCAUCUACACGGACGAACGCUUCCGCAGCUGGAUUCUCGGCAUCUGAUUAUCUUUCAUCCGUACAUCCGUUUGACGGGAUUGGCAAUACUGGUCGUCGCGGUGUUGGAUCUGGUGCCGAUAUUGCUGAACUUCAACGGCGGCAGCAGCAGCAACUGUCAGCUGGUAGGCGGUCUUCCUCUUCUCUUUCUGCGCCGGAUCGCAAGAGAAGGUGGACUAACUCGACUGAUGAUGGGUGGUUAAGGCGUACUGCCAGUUCGUAUGCCGCCCCUGGGAUAGGAACAGGAACAGCAACGGCGACAAGGACUGAGGCUGUCUCACGUUCAGGAAGCGGGAACGGGAAUGGGAGUACUAGAGCAAAUAUCCAAAGCAGACCAUCGAUAUUAAGGCUGCCUUGGCAGGAUCCUACAAUGGCUGGCAGCUCUCGUUCUAUUCCGAUUGAAAUAUCUUCGUCCCCUCGGGCACCCUCGCCUCCUGUUCCUCAUCAGACCGGCGAUGGCCAUCCUCUACCAUGGUUGCAGCAACGACAACAGCAACAGCAGCAAGGUGAUUACAUGGGCUAUAUGCUGCCCCGGUGGCAGCCAGAUUCCGAAGUGACCAAGUGUCCUAUCUGCGGGGCUCCGUUCAGUUUCUGGUAUAGAAAGCACCAUUGCCGCAAAUGUGGGCGUGUCGUCUGUGCAUCAUGCUCUCCUCACCGGAUCACAAUUCCCAGACAGUUUAUCGUUCGCCCGCCGGAUCCAAACAAUCGUUCUACUCCCUCAUCGAUUGUGCCCGCGGCGCAGUUUGUAGAUCUUACUGGGGAUGACAGCUCAACGCUGUCUCCUACGAGGAUCAAUCCAGCUCUCGGUGGUGGGGAGGAAGUAAGACUUUGUAAUCCAUGUGUUCCCGACCCCAAUCCUGAUCCGCCUCGCGGAUUCACUGCCGUUCGAGCCGGGGACGAGUCAAGAGGAUUCGUUGUUCAGUCCAACCGGUCCCAGACCAGACCUUAUCAAUCCAUGUCAGUACCGUCACGGCAACGGCCUCGUAAUAUCUUUAAUACAUCACAGUUACCGCCUAGCACAACUCCGGGGUCUCAAGAGGGAGGACGAACCGCUGGAUCGGUCGACUAUUCAGGCUUGGGAGGUGUGGCAAAUCCAUUCGUACCUGGUCAUCUGACGCCGUUUGAAAGCCAGUCAGCUUCAGAUCAUUCACACCUACCUUUGGGGUCAUCCUCGCGACCCAUCAUAAGCCAGUCCACAUUGCAGGGUCGUCCAUCCCACCACUCCGGCGCAGAAGCUAGUUCAUCAUCGCCGCACAGAUUGUGGUUCGGAUUUGGCGGUUCAUCAUCCCACCCGGAAUCACAUCGGCGUACCCAUGUCCAAAGCGCUCAUUCAGGCCGGCGCCGGCCUCAUAUCGACGAGCGGGACAUAUGUCCCAUCUGCAACCUUCAGCUUCCUCCUGUAGGCGAGGAUGGGAACGAAGCAGCGCGUGAAGCACACAUUCGCGAUUGCAUCGAGAGCCAUGGGCCGCACCCCCGUUCUUCAUCGCAUGACGCAAGCGCUCAGCACCACCCUCACCCUCACCCUGUGCGGAUGAUCUCUUUCACGGCCACAGAGAAGGAUUGCAUCACCCAUGAUGGUGCGAUCCCAGAAUGCACAAUCUGCAUGGAAGAGUACGAGGUCGGUCAGCAGUUGGUAAGAUUAGAGUGUCUGUGCAAGUUCCAUAAACAGUGUAUCGCGGAAUGGUUUGAGCGAAAGAAAGAGUGUCCAGUGCACAAGAUAUCUUGA